GCUAGAGGGUGGUUCCCUGCAGGCUCCUGGCGGGAAUUCUCCGCUCUGGUCACGGUCGCCUCCCGCAGAGCCCAGGCGGAGUGUCGCGGCGCAGAGGGCACCUGCCAUCCCUUAGCUGUGCGUCACGGACGCGGGAAGGGGCGCGUCGUGAGAUCGCAGCCGUCCACGGGUGUCUGUGAGAGCGCGGGGGUUUUCUCAACCCCGUACCUGGCUGUGCGCAGCUCCUCCUGGGAGCACUCUCCUCAGCACACACUCCCAGUCAGAGUGCACAGACCUUGUUCCCGGUCCCUGUCUCUGCAGACCCCUCUCUGGAUACACAGCCCUCGGGGAGUCUUGUGAAGCCCGGGCAGCGGUUCCUGUCUUCUGACAGUAGCCACCGCUCUGUUUUUGGAGGCCUGCGCACCUGCUUCCUGUAUCUGGGGAAUUAGUCCCGCCAGAAAGCCAGUCACUGUUUACCACUGGACGGGCAUCAGGAGACCUGUUUUCUAACCCUGCUGUGUCACUGACGAGUUCUGUGAUCUUUGACGCUUAAGUGAAAAUGGUACAUGUUAGAAGACCUGAAACAAGGAGAAAUUCUAAAAGCCAAGUACCUGAGCAAAAAUCUCGAGUUGAUUGGCGUCGGACUAAAAGAAGUAUCUCAAAGCUUUUUGAUAGUGAUGACGAGCUUGAUAGUGAUGAGGAACUUGAACUUGAUAGUGAUGAGGAACUUGAACUUGAUAGUGAUGAAGAGCUUGAGAGUAGCAAGAAGCCUGGUAUUAAUGAAAUACCAGAGAAGGAAACAGAGCUUAAAUUAAUCAAAGUUGAAAGUGAGGGAAACAGCAGUAAGCCUCUUAGAAACACCGACAACAGUUCAACAGAGGAAGAAAAAAUGAUCACAAGUGAGCAUAAUGACUUGGCAGAUGAUGAAAAUCACUCAGGUCAAGAGGAGGAUGGUGCCAGCAAGCACAGCAAACAAGUCACAGAGGAGGAUGUGGAAGAUGAGUGCAUCAAGCCAGGAAAAAGAAAGAGGCUGUCUUCUGUAAUGUACGACAGUGAUGAGAGCGAUGACAGUGACGUCCCCGUUAGGAAAGCAGGUGCUAAACGUCCACCCAGGGUGGUCGAAGAAGAGUCUUCUUCAUUGGAGAUGGAAGGAGAAACCCCUGAAAAUUCAAUGGCUGCUCAAAAGCGAGAACACCACCAGAAGCUAAAGGAACUCUCAGAAAGAGCACGCCAGAGACAAAGACGCAAUAGUGGUAGAGGUUUUGAGGACUCUGAAAAGGAAUCUUGUUCAAGUACUGAUGAAGAUGUGGAUGAGGAUGCUUACAGAGAUGGAAAUGAAGAUGGCUAUGUGAUUGAUGACUUUGUAGUGCAAGAUGAGGAAGGGGAUGAAGAGAGUAAAAGUCAACAAGGAGAAAGUUUGACUACAUCACAGCUGAAAUUAGUAAAACAGAAUUCACUUUAUUCUUUUUACGACCACUAUACUCACUUUGAAACAGUUGUGAAGGCUCUUCUGAUCAAUGCUAUCGAUGGAUCUUUUCUAGAAACCUUGUAUGCUGGCAAAAGGAAGAAGUUAUAUGCAAAAGAUAUGUUGACGUCUCUUCAUUAUUUGGAUAACCACUUUAUUCAACCCCGUCUGGAGAGUUUAUUCUCUAGAAGUCGAUGGAAAGAGCAAUAUAAGGAGCGAGUUGAAAGCUACUCUAACUUACAAAUCCACACGAAGAACCCUGAGAACUGCUCCUGCCAGGCUUGUGGCCUGCAUCGCUACUGUAAAUUCUCAGUGCACCUCUCGGGAAACUUGUACAACAACAAGACAAUGGAGACAGAUGACUUCAUGUCCCACGACAAGCAGGUGUUUAUUGUUGGCAGAAUUUGUGCUAAUCGCACCAAAAUUUAUCAUAAACUAAAGCAUUUUAAAUUCAAACUGUACCAAGAAUGUUGCUCCCUUGCAAAAGAAAAAGAAGAAGAAUGUGCAGAUGAACAGGUUAAAGAAACAGUAGGAAGAAUCUUCAGUCAGUCAAAAGAAAAUGGCUGGAUUAAACAGAGAUAUGAUGAACUGCAAGAAUAUCUCAAUUCUGCGGAUCUUUUUCAAGAUGAGAAGUUUGAAUUGUAGCAUGUUUCCUUCAGAGAAGAUUUUUAUAAGUUUCCUUAAAUGCGAAGAUCAUGAGUAUUGUUUCUCUGUAUCAUGUGACAUUUGUUGUAUAAUCUGUGUGUAUUUUAUGGCAAAAUAUCUUGUUUAUAUACUCAUCUGAUUUUUAUGAAAUGCCACAGUGAAUUUCAAUAAAGCCUUCAUAGAUGUC